AUGAAAUUUGCCAUUCUCGCCACGACGUUGCUGGUGCUGCUGCUUACAUCAACGUGCGGUGCAUCAGCUCAAGACAGCCACGAGGACGAUGAAGGCUGCCGCCAAGUGCUCGUCAAGCGAUCUCUGAUUGAGAGUUCGUCAGAAAACUCGCCACCGAUGUCACCUCGUCUUGGCUUUGACUUUGAAAGAGGAAAACCAGAAUACUAUGUCAUGCGCAUCAGAGAAGAGCUAGAGCGUGAGAAGCGAAAGCAGUCGGCUGUCGGGCCAUCCCGUCGCAGAUGGUCAACGACCAGAAAUGCCGUCCGCCCGCUCAAAGGACCAAUUGGAGAGAAUAUUGCGUUGUCUGACGACACCAUCGAUCAGACGGACGAUGAAGAGACGUACAAUGUGGAGACAGAAUCCGACUCUUCGAGCACCAGGAGGCGUGAAAGCGCUUGGGGGCACAACAAUGUGCCCAGGACAAUGACAAGAAGGAGCAAGCACUUGAAAGGUUCGAAAAUUGACUCCAGCGAGCCCAGCGAAGAAAACGCCUUCUGCGUAUCCCACUCCAUCUCCUUCGUGGGAAAGAGAAUUUCAUUCCGAGACCAUCUCGCUGCGGAAAAGCCCCUUUUCAUGGAAGAAAUGGAGCUGACGCCAGAGCAGUUCUCACUUCUGUCGCAUGCACGAACACGGCAAGACUUCGAUAAAUUGGCUUCUAAGAUUCAAUCUCCCUUCAAGCUCACCAAGGACCAAGUAAAAAAGCUCGAGACUGAGGGAAAGUUCGAUAACCAAUUCAAGUAUGAGGUCCGGAAUUUUCGGAAGAGAAACUCUACGAGGGCCAAGAGAAGGAAGAUUACAAGGCAAAGAAUGCAGACGCAAGGUUCUUUUGACGCUCCUGAAUCUUACAAGGGCCUGGAAGGGGAGGAGUACAAGAGACUUCGCGCCGUUCUGACGACAUUGUUGGGCAAUCUCAAAGCGAUAGAGGCAGGCAAAGAAAGUUUAGAUCUCGUCGAUGGACAAGAUUUGCGACUGGUCGACCAAUGGACGCAGGAGGACCUGGAUUGGUGGAAAAAAUAUCUCGAAUUCAGGAAAACGUUCCAUCGCAUACCGAAGACCGAGCAACUUUUGCAGGAGAUUGAAAUUUUCUUCACGCAAGGGAAGGGCAGAGCCUACGAAGAGGCUGGCCGCAAAGCAACGUGA